CGGUGGGCAGUGACGUAACGUGCACCAUGGCCGGGUGAAGUCCGGUCAGAUAGUUCAGGUGUGCGGGACCUGGCGGAGCCCGGAGCCUCUGCCGGUGUGUGAGAGCCUGUAGCCGCCGGGGGGUGACGCUAACUGACGGUAUACACACUGGGAUACUGAGGGGGGUGGUGGCUCAUAGUGCGGAUUUGCAAGGAGGCUGUCAGGGGGUAUAUAGGGGGCAGAUACUGGGCUGUCAGGGGUAUCUAGUGGUAGAUACUGGGCUAUAGGGGUAUUCAGGUCUGUCAGGGGGUAUAUGGGGACAGAUACUGGGCUGUCAGGUUAUAUAGGGGCAGAUACUGACCGGUCCUGGGGUAUAUAGGGGCAGAUACUGACCUGUCAGGGUAUAUAGGGGCAGAUACUGACCUGUCAGGGGGUAUAUAGGGGCAGAUACUGUGCUGUCAGGGGGUAUAUAGGGGUUGUCAGGGUAUGUAGGGGCAGACACAGACCUGUUAGGUGGUAUGUAGUUUAUAUUGGGGUCUAUAUCAGUAGUAUAUAGUGGUCCAGUACUGUGACAGAGGGUAUAUAGGGAUCUAUAUCGUAUUGUGUAUAGAGUACUUAUAAGCGUGUGAGGGUUGUAUAGGGGUCUGUAUAAGGGGCUGUAAGCUGCAGAGGUAAAUAGGGGGAGUCAGUAGUGUGACAAAGGGGUGGGUGGCAUUUCAGGUGAAACACACAUUGGCAGAGGGCAUCAAGCUCUAUUACACCUCCGUGUAAAUCCCACCACUCACCAUGCGGCUAACAUUGCACAAGAAGAAGAUCGCCGUCCUGCUGCUGCUGCUUGGCAUGGGGUUCUGCGCCUGGCUGCUGCUCACCUCCUCCAGUCCAGAUGGAUCGGGGUCCUUACAUGUGACAUCACUACCCGGUGAGAUUAAAUAUCCCAGCGGCUUUGAGCUUCCCCGUGGCACUCCCCUGCAGAAGAGACUGUCCGCUUACCGCAACAACCUUCGCCAGCCGGUGUUCAAUGCUGAGCGGUUUCAGGGUCGGCCAGAGCUGGUGGUGGUGGUCCAGGUGCGCGGAGGGCGGGGAAGUGGCUCCCGCCUGCGGCUGCUUGCGGAGUCUCUACAGGCCGCUGGACCAGGUGCUACGGGACGCCUUUUGCUGGUGUUGAGCAUGGAGCGGCCUUGCCCAGAAGCCACGGAAGCCAUGCAGUCUAUAGACUUUUGCCGAGUCUUGCCAAUCUACUUCCCGUACAGUCUGAACUUCUAUCCGGAUGAGUUUCCUGGGAGUGACCCUGCAGACUGUCCACGGGACAUGCCGAAGGAAUCUGCCAUUCUGAAAGGCUGUACCAACGCGCAGUACCCUGACAGCCAUGGGCAUUACAGGGAGGCUGCUUUUACCCAAGACAAGCACCACUGGUGGUGGAAACUGCACUUCACCUGGGAGAAACUGCGAGAGGUGAGUGGGCACAGCGGCCAUAUUAUCUUCCUGGAAGAGGGCAGCUACCUACUCCCAGACUGGCUACAUGUCCUGAGGCUCAUGGAAAAACAGUGCCAAGAAGAGGGUUGCCACCUGCUCAGCCUUGGUGGCCUUUCUGCGCCGGAGCCCUCAUCAGACCCGCAGCACGUGGAAGUGAGCGGAUUCGUGGCCCCCAGGCAUCGGACUGCAAUAGUGAUGUCAAGACAGCAAUAUUACCAGCUGAUGGGCUGCUUGGGAGAAUUCUGCACCUAUGACGACUACAAUUGGGACUGGAGCCUGCAGCACGUGUCUGCCACUUGCCUGGCUCACCCCCUAAAGGUGCUGUCUGCCCGCCUGCCUCGGGUACUCAGCCUCCCAGCUAAAGCGGAGGAAGGAGGAAUGUGCGGGCAGACUGGACCCUGCCCAAACAUGGACGCCGCUUCACAAGCUCUGCGUGGGAAAGUGAGGGAGCUCAGCGGACGCCUCUUCCCAAAAACCCUCACCGUAUCUGCCAGGCAACAAGAAGUGCGCAAUCCGCCACCCACCAAGAACGGCGGCUGGGGGGAUAUCAGAGACCACACUCUUUGCCAGUCUUACGCCAGACUGUAAAGUGCCAAUUUGUAACUUUUUUUUCCUCCUUUUCUGGGGACCAAAAUCAAACUGUGACCAAAGUUGUUUACUCAGGAAUUCGAUCCCCGGCGUUGUCUGGAAUUGCUGCUCAUUAUCACACCGUGCCUUCUGACACGCUGCAAGAAGAUUGUGCCAACCUCCUGGUGCUUUUUGGAUAUAAUCUCCAUUCCCUCAACCAGAGGGUUAAGACUUCGACAGUAUCUUACGUGUUCAUCUCUGAGAUUGCUGCAGGCUGACAGCCCAGCGUCGUAACCGGAAAGCCAAAGAUUCCUUCAGCUUUAUCUGCCGCUUUUUACUCUUUGGACUUGACAUUGUGCACUGUCAUGUGCUCUGCGGAAGAGACCAGCGUGUAUGGUUGUGCGAUCUAGCCACACCACCGAGCCAUGUGUUGUGUUUAUGCAAUUAGGAUGUCACAAUUUGUGGGAAUAUACUGACAAAAAAAAAAAUGAAGUUUAUUUAAACCGUGACAAAUCCUCAUCUCUUGUACGCUGUGCGGGCAUGAAAACCUCAAGCCAUGGCUUUUUCAUAGUGUGAAUGUUGCUUUUAUAAGAAGUUUUAUUGUGAUAUAUUGUCUGACCUGUAACCCCGUUGCACAUUGGGGGUUAAUGAGUUACUAGUCGGACUUCUCUGUGACCUCGUUUGUCAGCGUAUUACAUAAUCUUAAAAUCUCCUGGUCGGUGACCAAAUAUUUACAGAGGUCACAGAGCACCCGACUUGCAGCAAAUCAUAGCUUUACAUGACAGUUCGCUGUCAGCUUCACAUCCCAGUCCUCUCAUUUCUUAAGGCAUUUUUUAAAUAUCUUCAGCCUUCUGUUUAGUCAACCAGAUGUAUCACAGAGUUCUUUCCUUGUUGAUAGGUACCUGCCACAAUGUAGGUGUUACAUACAGAUUAAAAUCUGCCUAAGGUUGCACACCGUAGAAGCUGCCUGUCUAUUCACUAGGAAUUUUUUCACUGGUGAGGCAUGACGCACCGUUGAGGUUAGGUCAUUCCUUGUACACCGAGACUUGGCACGCUGCAAAGCUCUGUAAAAUGCAACGUCACUGUUUGUUGAGCCUAGCGUAAUCGCAAUAGCUAUUAAUGCUUUGGGGAAUGCAAUCAAAAUAACUUAAUUCCAGGGUGCACUAGUCACUCCUCACAUUGGCCAGAUCAGCGCUGUUAUGUGUUAUAUGAUGUUUGGCCAGCGCUACAGCUGUAUUAUUAAGCUGAAACCAGUUUCUUGGUGCAUUGGGAAAAUGUUCAUUGCAAACCAGCAGAAUGUAUCUUUCCGGCCUGGGGACAGGAUGUACUGUAGAAUGGAUGCUUGUUGGUGUGACCCUUGCAAUAUAUGUUUCAGCUCCUGCACACACCACUAAGACACUCAGGGCCUAAUUCAGACCUGAUCGCAGCAGCAAAUUUGUUAGCAGUUGGGCAAAACCAUGGGGGUAAUUCCAAGUUGAUCGCAGCAGGAAUUUUUUUAGCAGUUGGGCAAAACCAUGUGCACUGCAGGGGAGGCAGAUAUAACAUGUGCAGAGAGAGUUAGAUUUGGGUGUGGUGUGUUCAAUCUGCAAUCUAAUUUGCAGUGUAAAAAUAAAGCAGCCAGUAUUUACCCUGCACAGAAAUAAAAUAACCCACCCAAAUCUAACUCUCCCUGCAGAUGUUAUAUCUGUCGUCGUCCCCCUCCCCCUUGGGCAAAAUCACAUGGUUUUGCCCAACUGCUAAAAAAUUUCCUGCUGCAAUCAACUUGGAAUUACCCCCCAUGUGCACUGCAGGGUGGGCAGAUAUAACAUGUGCAGAGAGAGUUAAGGCCCCCAUCCACUAGUC